AUGCCCCACCCCACCGCACCCCUCCCGAAUGCAGUCGACCUGAGCCACCACCUGUCGCUGCUCUCGCGCUCGCGCAAGCCCAGCCCGCUCAAGGACAUCAUUAAGUACAUGUACCAGAAGGGCAUGAUCUCGUUUGCUGGCGGCCUCCCCCACCCCUCCGUGUUCCCCUUCCACAACAUUGCCGUCUCGGCCUUCCCGGCCGACACGGUCAUUGACCCGAUGGCGCCCCAGCCGCCGGCCGACAGCGUCGACUAUGCGAUCCAGCGCGACCUCACCCCGUCGACGGCGUACGCGCUCUCCCAGGGCCUCCAGUACAUGCCCUCCACGGGCAUGCCCAAGCUGCUCGCGUUCCAGCGCGCGCUGACCGAGAAGCUGUGGAAGCCGGCCUACGCCGACUGGGAGGUCAUGGGCAACACGGGCUCGACGGCGGCCUGGAGCAUGAUCACGCAACUGCUGCUCGAGCGCGGCGACUUUAUCCUCACCGAGAGCAUGAUCUACUCGACGUCCCAGUCCGUCUUCAUCCCCAUGGGCAUCAAGGCCGUCCCGAUCCACUCGGACGGCGAGGGUAUGCGCGCCGACGCGCUCGAGGAGGCAUUGGCCAACUGGGACGAGUCGAAGGGGCGCCGCCCGCGCGUCAUGUACCUCGUGCCCGUGGGCCAGAACCCUCUCGGCACGACGAUGCAGCUUGAGCGCAGGAAGGAGAUCUACGAGGUGGCCGUCAAGUACGACGUCAUCAUUAUCGAGGACGACCCGUACACGAUGCUCGAGUUCCCCGAGUACAAGGCCGGCCAGCCGUCGACUGGACCCGACCCCGCCGUCGACGUCGACGCAUUCCUCGCUCGCAAGUCGCCGUCGUUCCUCACCAUCGACUACCAGGGCCGUGUGAUCCGCAUGGACACGUUCUCCAAGGUGCUGGCGCCGGGCAGCCGUCUCGGCUGGUUCACCAUGAACAAGAUGUUCUGCGAGCGCAUGCUCCGCACGUCCGAGGUGCAGACCAACGGCCCGUCGGGCUUCUCUCAGGUCAUUGUCGGCCAGUUGCUCGAGGAGUGGGGUCUCGACGGCUUCCUCAAGUGGGAGGUCAACAUGUGCGAGCAGUACCGCGUGCGCCGCGACUGGAUGCUCGACGCCAUUUACAACGAGUUUGACGUCGUGCCCGCCGAGGAGACAGACGUCGAGGGCGCUAUCGGCCAGGUGGCCUACCCCAAGGGGCAGGCGCACACUGGCCCAGCGCUCAUGAGCUUCCUGCCCCCCGUGGGCGGCAUGUUCAUCUGGAUCAAGGCGUACUGGCGCACGCACCCCAAGUACGCUGCGUUCGCCGAGGGCCGCCAGACGCCCGAGAACGACUUUGAGGAGGUGUUCUGGAAGACACUCAUCGCACACGACGUCCUCCUCACCCCAGGAUGGUACCACGACCCGUACCAGGGCGAUGACGUGCACACGGUUGAGGAGGCCGGCGCCGGCCACUACCGCUUGUCCUUCUCGUUCGAGCCCAAGGAGGUCAUGGACGAGGGCGUGCGCCGCAUGGCCAAGGUGUUUGUCGACGAGUGGGCCCCGGGCACCAACUAG